GCAAGUGUGGAACGCAAGUGUGGAGCGGCCCCCAGACAGGAGCAAUGGAUCAGUAAAUCUGCCGCAGCCGGAUGUAGUGAUCGGACCGGGAUGUAAAGGAGACGCGGUACCGCAUCCGGUUAUUGGUGACAGCACAGAAGAGCCGCAGGAUGAAGGUUCACAUUAAGGCCUGGAAUGGCGUCGCCUCGUGGAUGUGGGUGGCGAAUGACGAGAACUGCGGGAUCUGCCGUAUGGCCUUCAAUGGCUGCUGCCCGGACUGUAAGGUCCCCGGAGAUGACUGCCCCCUAGUGUGGGGGCACUGUUCACACUGCUUCCAUAUGCAUUGUAUCCUGAAGUGGCUGAACUCCCAGCAGGUGCAGCAGCAUUGCCCCAUGUGCCGGCAGGAAUGGAAAUUCAAGGAGUAAACACUGUCGGGCUUGCUGGUCAUUGUAGUCCCAGCGGCCAUAGACUCCCAUGUUACAGGAUGUAAAUGGAUAGAAUGGACAAUCUAUCCUAUAGGAUCCGUCAGCCACCCCUCCCCCAUACACUUCUACCGUCCCAGGUGCCGCUCGGUAAAAUAUUCAGCCGGUAAAUUACCGCCGCCUCCUAUUUUGUUAUUAAAUUGUCUCCGUAUUGUGACACCUGAGAUUUUUCAUUUCCAGCUGCAAAUUGAAUAAAGCGCAAAACUUGUUUAUUGA